ACUUUCUAACCGCUGCCGGACGCUUCCUUGUCUGAAACUGAAAGAGCUGGACUUUUCACUAUUCUCUACUUGCAUCUUUACGUUCAAAUAAUCUAAUCGAUUGUUCAAGGUAAAUCAAUCCAGAGAAGUUUCAGUUACUCCUAAACAUUCCAUUUCCACCUAAAUAUCUCUCAUAACUAGUAAUUAAAGAUCAGUGAUGAGAGCAGUGAGUGCUGAGUCGCAUGCAGCUUCUUUUGACUGAUUGGCAGUAUAAGAACAACCAUAAAGUUUGAGUCUUUUGUGGGAUUCUUUUUUAUCAUGUUGUGUUCUUGAAAUAGUUGGUGGUCAAUGCAUCAAUUCACUGCCCCAGAAACAUUGACCUCCGGCUCACAGGGUUCCCCCUUCACAACCUUUUUCCUCCAAAGCAACCCUAGCACAAGACAUGCCAAGUUUCCCAUCUCUGUCCCUUUUCAUUUUUGUACUGAGUUGUGUUUUUCUUCUUCUUGUUUCAGUGUAGCACUGUUUAUUUGGCACCCCUUGUUAUCCUUAGCAAACAUUUCGUAGUCAAGAUUCUUGCAAAACUCACAAAAGGGGCCAGCCAUGUCACAACAUUCCACAACCCCAUCUCGACACAGAGUCAAUUUUAAGACACCAAAACCAGCCGAGGUUGCUAAUAAUGGGUCACCGGUACCAUCACCAGCCAACAAAACAAGAGCAAAAUCCGUGCCUCCAGAUGUGAAGAAAGACACCAAGGUAAGGAAGUCGCUGGUGGGGAACAACAAGCCAAAAUCUGGAGAGCUGGUUGUGGGAUCUCAGGAUGUAACAGUGGUGGGUCGCUCCGUGAACCGACCAGGUAGCGAGCAAUUUGCUAGGCCAAGGAGGCAAAGGCCCGUGUUGGAUCCUAUUAAUGCUAGUAGAAGAAAUGAAGAAGAGAGCUAUAAAAAGGGGUUGCACGAGAAACUUGAAUUGUCUGAGACUUUGAUUAACGAUUUGCAGUCUGAGGUUUUGGCUUUAAAGGUAGAAUUGGAUAAAGCGAAUGGCUUGAACCAAGAGCUCGAGUUGCAGAACAAGAAGCUCACUGAGGAUCUUGCUGCUGCUGAAGCUAAGGUUUCAGCUCUUAACACUCGUCACCAGGAGUCUGUUGGAGAGCACCAGAGGCCAAGAUUUAAGGACAUUCAGAAACUUAUUGCCAUCAAAUUGGAAAACUCACCAGUUAAGAAGGAAGCAAUCAAUGGGCCAAAUAAAGUUAAAACCCCACAGUCACCACCACCACCACCAGUACCACGUUUCAUAUCCAAAGCUGAUGUUGCAGAAAGGAAGGCUCCAACUUGUCCAUCCUUGAUGCCACCUCCACCUCCACCACCCCUACCCCCAAUGCGGCCUCUAGCAAGAGCAACUACUGCUCCUAAAACUCCAGCAAUUGUAGAAUUCUAUAAUUCAAUAAGAAAGCAAGAGGGUAAGAGAGAUUCUCCAGGACUGCGGAGUCAGUAUAAACCAGAGAAAACUAGUGCACACAGCAGCAUAGUUGGAGAGAUCCAAAAUCGCUCCACACAUCUAUUAGCUAUAAAAGCGGACAUUGAAACAAAGGGUGAUUUCAUCAAUGGUCUUAUUCAGAAAGUGCUAGCUGCAGCUUAUACAGAUAUUGAGGAUGUCUUAAAAUUCGUGGAUUGGCUUGACGGUGAACUCUCAUCUUUGGCUGAUGAACGAGCUGUGUUAAAGCAUUUCAAGUGGCCGGAGAAGAAAGCAGAUGCAAUCAGAGAAGCGGCUAUAGAAUAUCGUGGCCUUAAACUAUUAGAAAGUGAGAUAUCUUCCUUUAAGGAUGACUCUAAUAAUCCAUGUGGAACUGCCUUGAAAAAGAUGGCUGUCUUACAUGACAAGUCAGAGCGAAGCAUUCAAAAGCUGAUUAAACUUAGAAACUCCGUUAUGAACUCUUAUCAGGCUUGGAAGAUUCCAACUGAUUGGAUGCUUGAUUCGGGAAUUGUAAGCAAGAUAAAGCAGGCUUCUAUGAGGCUGGCAAAGAUGUACAUGAAGAGAGUGAUAACAGAACUUGAAUUGGCCCGUAAUUCUGAGAGAGAAUGCAAUCAAGAAGCUCUCCUGCUUCAAGGUUUGCAUUUUGCAUAUAGGGCUCACCAGUUUGCUGGAUGUCUUGAUUCAGAAACAAUGUGUGCUUUUGAAGAGAUAAGACAGCGGGUUCCGGGACACCUAGGAGGAUCUCGAGAAUUACUAGCUGCCAUACCAUCAUCAUGAGAAGAUAGACAACACCUUUUGAAGCCAGCUUAGGUUUUUGUAAGAAUCAAUGGUUGAGCUCGAGCAUUUGUCUUCUUUCUUCCCUAUGCUAUGUUUAUCAAAAUAUCUUUAGCAGCUGGAAGUAAAACCCUGAUCAUCUGGUAGGAUAAAGAGAUGAAGAUUACGCUUAUACGGAACUUGUGUUAUGAACUUUAAAUUGAGAAGAAAUUGUACCUUAUAUUAGGCAGAUAUUUGGAACAGAUAUGGUGGAUGAGCACACAAGCAACAAGAAAUAAAUUAGUGUAUAAUAUUAACUAGUUGUUUUCCAACCAGAGUGAGUUUUCAUGUAAUAAUUCACUGAGAAAGGAUAUAUUGUUAGUAAGGUGCCAUUGAAUGAUACUUUUUAUUUGGAAUUUA